AUGCCGACGACGACGCGAACGACCGCGCGCCCGUCGCGCGGUGGCGCGACGUGCGGUGGCGCGCGCGGGGCGCGGACGCGGCGCGCGUCGUGGACCACGGUCGCGCGCGGGGCGGGCGGGUACCUCGAUUACGCCGCCGCGCUGUCCAAGGAGUUCACCUCGGUCGAGCUGCCGAGCCUGUUGUUCCCGCGCGCGGAGACGCUGCUGCCGGGGAGCGCGAUGACGCUGCACCUGUACGAGGCGCGCUUCUUGGCGCUCCUGGACGCGGCGCGGGCGAACACCGGGGGGUUGAUCGCGCAGUUGACGUACUUUGAGAACGAGAGCGGUGAGGAGGGGUUGCGGGUGAACUCGUCGGCGACGUUGGCGAGGAUCGAGUGGGUGAAGCGCGAGGCGGUGGGGGCGACGGUUCGCGUCGCGGGCGAGGCGCGGGUGAAGCUCGAAGGCGUGGUCUCGCGCGAGCCGUACAUCACCGGGGUGUACACGCACGUGCCGCAGAUGGGGGACGUUGGUACGUACGUGCCGAGUGAUGCCGAGCUCGCGCAGGUUCGGGAGGUGACGGAUUACAUUGAGAACGCGGUGCGCGACGUGAUGACGCUGAGCGACCGCCUCAACGGCGAUGCGUCCGCGAGCGCCGCCGAGGGCGAGGGCGAGGACGAGGAGAUUGACGGUAUGUGGACGCACAAGGAAGUUGGGGAUCUGCGCACGGCGAUGCGGUGGGUGGACGCGCCCGCGAUCACGAUCGAGCGCAUAGAGACGCCGAUAUCCAUGGAGGACGCCGACUGGUCGCGCGCCGACGGUUUCACCGGACACAGCGAACUCGCGCGCGCCGAACGCUUAUCUUUUGCCGUGCUUCAAGUCGCCCCGGCGUCGACGCCCUCCGCUCUUCGCACGUUAAUUUCUUGCCGGGCCGUGGCGAUGAGCGCCGAGCACGGUUUGAUGGAUAGACUUCGCCUGUGCGUCUCCGUGUUGGAAGAUCAGCUCAACACUCUGCGGGCCAAGGUGGCGCUCAAGAGCACGCUCGGCGGCUGA